AUGGCGUACGAUCCUACAGGACCCUACCAACCUCCGACGAGACCUCACUUUAGUCGGCCAAUCCCACGUUCUCCCGCGACCCAAACACGGGCACCACAGCUACCCGUGACAAACCAGUACCAAAAUGUAAACGGCUAUGACAACUACCACUAUGAUAAUGGUUAUGACCCACAGCCAUACAAUAAUACAAAUGACGGCACGCAGCCGAGGACUUGGAAUGAUCCAUAUCAGCAUUAUCCUCCUGAUGGCCCAGCUGUCUCACCAAAUGGCUAUUAUUCACACCAACCAUCUCUUGCAAAUGGCCCGAGUCAGACACAAGCGGCCCCUUAUGGCCCUCCGAUGAAGCCGCAUGAAAGCAGUUCAGUGCGGGGUCAUGGAGCCAGGACUCCCUCUGAUGACCAAGGGUCCAUUGCCACUCCAUCUAGCCUAGGGCCAUCAGGAAAAUCGGGGCUCACUGGUCCAGGCGCCAAGCUUCAAAGGAUACCCAUGCCUACCUCUCCUGUUCUAAGCGCAUGGGACAACCCGUUCGGCUCUUUCCCCCUUCCUCAGAAGAAGAAGGGACAUUCUGAAAAUGGAGAGAGCUCAAAAGAUAAAAAGGAGCGACGUCAUCGCAGACCUUCUGAUGGCGAGCGCGAUCGUAGUCGGCCCUCGACAGCGAACGGUGAGCGAAGACCAUCCACAGCCAGUGGUGAGCGUCGGCCCUCGACGUCUCAGGGAGACCGGAGACCGUCUACGUCGGACGGCAAAAGUAGUCGUUCGUCAGAGCGCCACCGCGACCGCAGGGAUCAUGGACGACCCAGUACAGCUACUGGCCAUUACCCAAAAGGAGCGAAGCUUCCUCCUUUUGCUCCUAAGCACCCCAGCGACCCAUAUGCCCCGGUUACCGCUUUACAAAUGCGUCCUGCCACUGCCUCCCAUCCUGGGGAAUAUGGCCCACAACGGGAUGCGCAAAGGGCACCACUCUCACCCGCCGACGGUCUCUCCAGCGCCAGUGAACCGCGCACCAUGACGAUGCCGAACGAGCUGCCUUCAUCCAAAGCUGCAGACCCCAGGAAGAGCCCUGUAAAGCUAAAUGCUCCUUGGCAGGAGCCAGGUCCCAUUGCUGGAUACCACGGGCCAGAUGGGCCGGUCUUGAUUCCAUCACCAGGAACUCCAACCGGCCAGGCUCUGCCGAUGAAGCCAAUUGGCGGCGCUGCUUCUGCACAUGCUCCUCCUACGCAUCCCACCCAGUAUGCUCCACUCUCCGGGUCCGAAAGCAGGGAAAGCAUUGCAGAUGUAUACGACGCGUACCUGGAUUCACCUCACGAUGAAUCGGUCCCUCCGAAUGGUGGAGCUGCAUCGCGCAAGUCGAUGGAAGAUGAAAUGCCAAAUUUUGAUGCCAUUCCCACAGACAGUGUUCGGCAUCGCAGAGGCAUGACUAUUGAGGAACACCUGCAACCGCAGCUCAAUGCCCACCCCGAUGCAUCGCUUCUUCCAGACUUAGUGGUGAGCAAUGCGCCGUCAAGCCCUCGCUCUCAUCCGGGCCCUGUACAAAGUCCGACCCAGGUCCAUAAGGCCAGGUCACAGCCAAACCUCCGAGGACAGAGCCCGGUCGUUUUUGAGAUGGCAGGAGAUGUACCAAAUGUUCCACCUCUUCCGCAAAGCCCUGGAUUUGCCCGCCCGCCAUUGUCACCGAGCAAAGAGGCAAGAUUUGGACCUCCUCUCAGUCCUCAGAGAGGUGUUCCCCUUGGGGCUCAGGGGAGUGCUGCAUACCCUCCUUACCCUGACGCCCCCAUAACAAACGGUCAAAAUCCCAGUCCAGCCGCAAUGUAUCGAGGUGCUCAACCCUAUGGUGCUGGCCCUGGCGUCCUUCCUCGCCCAGCUGUGCCCGGUGGUGCGCGUUACUUCUCGGACGGGAGUCGCCCGGUUGCCGCGCCAGGAAACGUGUCACCCGUAAAAGGGCCUCCAAUGUCCGGUCGGCCUAGUCCUCCGGGAGCUCCGGGAAUCCCUGUUGCUCCCAUGGGAGAUCGCCCGAGCCCUCCUGGCGCACCCAGACCCGCCACUGCGGGUGCGCAGAGACAGCCUCCUGUGCCGGUGCGUCCGGGGCUCAUUACUAAUUUUGCAGUCGGCCAACCAGCUCAGCCGCCCCCGCCAGUCCGUCAAUACAGUAACGGUCCCUCCCCCAAUGCGGCCCCAAGUGCUGUGAAGCCGUCCCCGGCAGUGGCAGGACCGGCAGUGGCAGGACCACAGGUGGUCAAAAAGACGCAACCAGAGCCUGUUACGUAUCAGGAAUUGGACAAGCUCAGGCACACAGCGCGAGCUCGGCCUUCUGAUCAGCUUGCCCAGUUGGCGUUGGCGAAGAAAUGCGUUGAAGCAGCUACUGUCUUGGUCGAUCAGAACGCCAAGCUCGAUAAUAGGUCGAAGCGAAAGAGCCGUGACAGCUUCUACGGCGAGGCACACAAGCUUCUCAAAAAGCUUAUCAAUAGCGGUAAUGCAGAGGCUAUGUUUUUCAUGGCAGACUGUCUUGGUAAAGGCGCCAUUGGCUCGGUGCCUGAUACCAAGGAAGCCUUUCAACUUUACCAAGGUGCCGCGAAGCUAGGCCACGCUCCUUCGGCUUACCGCGUUGCUGUGUCUUGCGAACUCGGGCAAGAACAUGGGACCAGAAAGGAUCCGGUCAGGGCUAUUCAGUGGUAUAGGCGCGCAGCUGCUCUAGGAAGUACGAGUGCCAUGUACAAACUGGGUGUGAUUCUGAUCAAGGGCUUGAUGGGUCAGCCGAAGAGUCCGCAGGAAGGCGUUGAGUGGCUGAAUCGAGCUGCAGGAAGAGCAUCUGCUGAAGACCCCCAUGCACUGCAUGAAUUAGGCCUUCUUCAUGAACAUGGUAUCCCCAACGUUAUCGCGCCAGACUUGGCGCGCGCACGGCAUUAUUUUGAACAAGCCGCAUCUCUUGGAUACGUUGCGUCGCAGUCUCUUUUGGGAGAGGCGUACCAGUACGGGUAUUUGGGUUAUCCGGCAGAUCCGGGCCAAAGCUGUACUUGGUAUACUCGCGCUGCUGCCCAAGGUGAUCCGAAGAGCCAGCUUGGUGUAGCCGGUUGGUAUCUCAAGGGUGUCGAGGGCCUUGUUCAGCCGAAUGAUACCGAAGCUUAUCUUUGGGCCAGUCGAGCCGCAUCUUCAGGGCUACCUCGAGCCCAGUAUGCAAUGGGUGUAUUCCGGGAGAAGGGCAUCGGUGUUCCGGCUGAUCCUGAAGAGGCGAAGAAUUGGUACACUCGUGCCGCAGUCAACGGUGAGGCGCAAGCUAAAGAAAAGCUAGCCGAGCUUCGCAAAAGCGCUACCAGUAACAAGAUCCAGCGACAUCGCGAACCGGGUACACGCUCAAGCAAAGACAGCGAGGGCGAAUGCGUGGUCAUGUAG